ACCCUCGAGCAUUACAUACGCGGGUGGGGCUUUUUUAUUUUGUAUCCACACCCAGUGAAACUGUGCGUAAAGACGCACAAGACGCCGAACAACUGGUCGGACUAUAAGACUCUCUCGCUCUGUCGCUGCUUGUCUUUCUCUCAUACCCCGCUCCACACACCCUGAUAAUCGGUCAUGUUUCGCUGUGGGAUCGCCUACCCCCGCUGCAGGUGGAUCGUGCCCCUGCUGCUGCUCUUCGCCAUUAUUUUUGACAUUAUCGCCAUCGCCGCCAAGUCAGGAUGGGUCGAGGACGAGGACGCCAAGUCUCACUACGCCAAUAUGUGGCAGCAGUGCCGAGGCAGGAAUGACAACUGGGAAUGCAAGACGCUCAUGGACUUCAGCUGGGCCAAGGCAGUGGCUGCCCUGAUGAUCCUCGGCCUCCUCAUUCUUAUCGUCGCCUUCAUCAUCUCCUGCGUGGCUCUGUGCUGCACGCUCAACAUCACCCUGUUACCUUUCAUUGGGGUGCUCCUGAUUGUUGUUGUGAUCUUUCAGAUCAUCGCUCUAAUCAUCUACCCUGUCAAGUUCAACGAAGAGAUCUUCGAGGGUCACUAUUACUACACCUGGGCUUACGGCUUUGGCUGGGGCGCCACCAUCCUCAGCAUCGGCUGUGCUGUCCUCUUCUGCUGCCUGCCACGCUACGAGGAUGAACUUACUGGUCUGGCCAAGACCAAAUACAUCUAUUCCUCCGCUUAAAGACAAACUACACCCACCUAGGGCUGGGCGAUAUGGACAAAAUUUGAAUUUGAACAAUAUUUUUUACUAAAUACUUUAGUAUCAAUACUGCAACAAUAUCGUAAGGAUGAUAUUGAUGCUUUCACAAAAUACUUACACAAUGAGAUUUUUUAUAAAUAAUCAUCAUUAAUGUGGAUAUAAUGACUAAGUGCUUAAAGGCAAAUCAUAGACCAGCUAGAACAGUCUGAUAAGUUUAGAAAAUUUGAUCACUUUUUUGUAAUGCAGCCUUUAAAACCAGGAAAAUACAACACUUGCACCAUAUCAGGAUAUUACUCUAUCCAAAUUCGAAGACGAUAUCUAGUCUCAUAUCUUAUAUUGCCCAGCCCUACACCCACCCAAUUACAACCAUUUCCCAUUUUCACUCACUGAGACACACUGAACUGGAUCUGUGCUGGCCAUUGAACAUUUAUACACUACCAUUUCAUCCAAGAUCCAUGAUGGCUGUUAAAAUUUGGUCCAGCAUAGGAAAGAACCUCCUCUACCAUUCAAGAGUGAAGUUAGAAGUAAGGCGCAAUGAUUUCUGGAAGUGGACUGUGAUUGGAGAUCACAUCUGCUUUAACAUAGAGCCCUCUACUUUAGAUUAAGUCAUAAAAAAUGGUUAAUAUCCAUGGUGUUUUUUUCACAUUGUGCAUAUUCAUUAAUUCUCUCUGUACUUUUAUCUGUACUUCUCAAUGCAAGAUCACCUAAGUGCACUUAACCUAAAGGAUGUCGUUAUAUUUAAUCUUACUGUAGAUCUCAUAAAGCCUCUCUUGCUGUAAGAGCAGUCCAGACUAAAAUCUUUGCACAGGAUGCAAAAGGAAUCAUUUUUAUCAUAGUUUUAUUUGGUCCUGUGUGUGUUAUAAUUAGUUUUUCCACAAUUCUUCAAUAUGUGUCUUUUGCUCUGUGUUGCUGUGCAUAAUGUAAGAAGGGAGCAAAGGCUGGAUUCAGAAGCUGAAUGUAAUCUCUAUAAAUGGAAAUGAACAUGUAGUUUAAUGGUUGUGUUUGCACCUUUUUUAUGCAUUUUUUUGAUAACUCGUAUCUGCUGUUUGUCUCCAGAAUUUUGUAUUCUUAUUUACUUAUUACCAAAGGGGUAUAACUGUGGGAGUUUGCUGUGCUGUCUUUGUAUUUUUGCUGAACACUACUACUAAAACACUUUAAUAAGUAGACACAGCUGAGUGAUGUUUCAUAUGAUAUUGAGGAAGAAGACACAUUUGAAUUUCCAGAUGUGGCUGCAGCUGUUGUUUCUCUGUCACUCUAAACUAAAAGCUCAUUUUGAUGAAUUUCUGUUGCAGCAGUAUCAGGCAGAUUUAUGAAACAGUCCCAGUUUAAUAUGUAUUCCCUUCAUGAGAAGUGAGAACUGGCUAAAAUAGUAAAAACAACAAAUCUGCAACAAUAUACUACAGGAAAUCUACCCUCACUAGAAUAUUUAACUUUUUUUUUUAAACCAUCUGAACUCAUGUGAUAUGCCUUGUUUAAUUAUGAUGUUAAAUUUUGACAUUUUUGGUUCAAAGGGAACAGUAUAAUCUCAGAAGCUCAUUCUGUGCAUUCCAAGUGUCAAAGUUGGUACUUGUUAGAGAAAGCAUUCACUGGAAUAAUUGUUUCUUUUAGUGUGUUUUUUUACUCAUUACUUGUUGCUUAAAUGUCAAAAAAGAAGGAAAGGGGAAAUCUAUAUGUAUUCUUGGCAAUAUAAGUGACCAAAUCUGUCUCUAGUCUUUGUCACUGAUAUUGAAAAAGUCCUUCCUGAGUUUCUUGCUCCUUAGUCUAUCCAUCUGCUGCUUUGACGAUCCAAUGGGACCCUCGUGUACAAUCCUCUGACAUACUGUGUGUAACACUUGUGCCUUAGCUUCUUCAAUGUUGCGGUGUUGGCCCCAUCAAAACUGCUCAGUCUGGUUUUACUGACACACACUUAAUCAUCAGUCAUCAGCCAAAUUUCUGAUCGUAUUAGGAUUUGUGCUUUUUUUUUUAGAUGAAAGAGUUAUGUGGAAACAUCAGUUUGACCCCUGAAGGAAAUUAAAGAUUGAUGUUAGAUUACUAGUGAAAUAUAUUAGUCAGAGAACAGCAGGAUAACUCAAUGUUGUUGUUUCCUCAUGUGUCAAUAUCGAUUUCCAAACAGCAUAAUCGACUAAAGAACAACCUAAAACAAUAAUAGUUUUCAUAAUUUGGUGAUGUUUUAAUUGGGAAUCAGGGCAGAUUCAGGCAGAUUUAAACUCACAGAAACUGCCUGCAGCUGUCUUCGGGGUGAAAUGAUGAACAUGUUGUUACUGACAAGCAUGACGCUGUUUGUGACACUAAAUUUUUCAAUCAUUGUUAGUCACUCUAUGGGUAUUUACGGCUCUACAGAGAAUGUCUUAUUAAACACUCAUCCGGUUCUGGAUGUCACUUUGCUGUUUCUCUGCUGUAGUAUGAAUUGAUUAUUUUUGGUCGGUUGUGUAUUUUUAUGCAAUAAAGAGUUUCCUUGA